AUGGCGGAGAAGCGACCAAACUUUCUCAUCAUCGUUGCCGAUGACCUGGGCUUUAGCGACUGCGGUUGCUUUGGCUCGGAGAUUGAGACGCCCAACAUUGACGCCUUGGCGACUGAGAGCGGUGCUCUUCGAUAUACCAACUAUCAUGUUGCUGCAGCGUGUUCCCCAACGCGAUCGAUGCUGAUGACUGGAACUGACCAUCACAUUGCUGGACUCGGUCAACUCCAAGAAAUCACUCGCGCAUCCCCAGCUCACUACGGAAAGCCGGGUCAUGAGGGCUACCUCAACCAACGCGUUGUGGCACUCCCGGAGCUUCUAUCUGACGGCGGCUACUUUACCUGCAUGUCUGGCAAAUGGCAUCUCGGCCUCAGGCCAGAACAUCACCCCAUACAGCGCGGCUUCAAGAAAUCAUUCGCCCUCCUCCCGGGGUGCGCCAACCACUACGCUUAUGAACCCCAGUACAAGGAUCCUGCGACGGAGCCUGGAAAGUUCUUUGAGACUGCGACCCGUGCCCUUCACGUUGAGGAUGAGAGAGUCCUCGGUCGGCUGCCAGACGACUUUUACAGCAGCGAUGCAUAUGCGGACAAGCUCAUGUCAUAUCUGGAGAACCGGACAGAAGAGGAGAAAGACCAGCCAUUCUUUGCUUAUCUUCCCUUCAGCGCGCCGCACUGGCCUCUUCAAGCACCCAAGGAGGUAUGCGACAAGUACCGCGGCUUCUAUGACGAUGGCCCUGAGGCGCUGCGACAGAAAAGACUGGCUAGACUCAAGGAGCUUGGCAUGGUUGACCCAGGCGUGAACCCUCAUCCUGUGGUGAUAAUAGACGGAAAGCCAGAGAACUGGGAUGAUCUUCCUGAAGACAUCCGAAAGGCCUCGGGCCGUGCAAUGGAGGUCUAUGCUGGUAUGGUUGAUCGCAUGGACUGGAACAUUGGCCGCGUUGUCGACUAUCUUCGUAAGACCGGCGAGUAUGAUAACACGUUUGUCUUGUUCAUGAGCGACAAUGGUGCCGAAGGGGCGAGUUAUGAAGCCCAGCCUAUCGUUGGCGAUAGCAUUAUGGCUCAUGUGGAAAAGUACUACAAUAACAGUCUGGAGAAUAUCGGCCGUGGGAACAGCUUUGUCUGGUACGGCUGUCGUUGGGCUCAAGCGGCAACAGCUCCCUCUCGACUUUACAAGAUGCACUCUACAGAGGGCGGAUGCCGAGUUCCUCUUGUGGUGAGGCCACCCGUCAGUAUGGGUAUAUCCUCGACAGCUGGAAAUGGAGUCAUCACGGACGCGUUCUGCACCGUCAUGGAUAUUGUACCAACUGUUCUCGACCUAGCGAAGUUGAAGCACCCUGGGACACAUUAUAAAGGCAGAGAGAUUGCACCUCUUCGCGGCCGUAGCUGGACGAGAUUCCUCUCACUCAUCCAUGACACAGAAGGAAGCUCCAAGGCGCAGGUGCACGACCAAGACUACGUGAUGGGAUUCGAGAUUGCUGGAUCAGGGGCUCUACGGCGUGGCGACUGGAAGAUCACAUUUGUCCCAGCACCAAAGGGUCCACAGAAGUGGGAGCUCUUCAACAUACGGGAGGAUCCUGGAGAAGUGGACGAUCUAUCUCAGAAGCAUCCUCAGCUUCUCAAGGAAAUGCUCGAGCUGUGGGAGGAGUAUAAGAAGGAUGUGGGAGUUGUGGGCUUGGCUGGUGAGUACGAGGCUGGCGUUCAGGGCGAUGCAAAGACGACUUUGGUGGAUGAGUUGGAAGACCCUUAUGCGUGGAUCAAGUACAUAGGUAGGCCCGAGAUCACACCGGAGAGACUCAAAGGCGUCAUUCCAUCUGUAUCGUAG